CGCACCUUCACCCUCUCUUCCAUCGGUCCGCCCACCGCGUUUCUGGUGCCUCCCGAAACGGACAAUACAGACCGAUUUGGGUUCCCGAACCCUGGGUUGAAGAUCUCAACCCGGCUCUAUUUGCUCGCUAUUUCAAGUCUGACAGCGAUCGCGACCAGGAGAGUGACUACGAUACUGACGAUAGCGACCACGGGGACGACGACGAUCACGAGAGCGAAGGCUCCAGCGGUAACGACGACGAUCCUGCCAUUGUAUUUGACUCCGCGCCAUUUUAUCCAACGAUUCCCGCGUUUUCCCCCCCUUCGCCCAUUCAUUCCAAUACCCACACCGAAAUUUGGUGUGAUACCGACUUUACGGUUAGCAACCACCAAUCUGCCACCAUGCCUAGGGCAACUGGGAUUAUCGACCCGGCGGGCGUCGACCGCACUCGGCCUUUGUACGAGAUUGCCAGUAACGACAAGAAAAGAGUCGCUUAUUUCUACGACUCCGACAUUGGCAACUAUGCCUAUGUCACUGGCCACCCGAUGAAGCCGCAUCGCAUUCGCCUGGCUCACAGCCUGGUGAUGAACUACAAUGUCUACAAAUUCCUCGAGAUUUACCGUGCGAAGCCGGCUGUCACCGCCGAGAUGACGCAGUUCCAUACCGACGAGUAUAUCGAGUUUCUCCAGAAGGUGACACCCGAUAAUAUGGAUGCCUUCAUGAAGGAGCAGUCGAGAUACAACGUCGGCGACGAUUGCCCUGUGUUCGACGGGUUGUUCGAGUUCUGUGGGAUCAGUGCGGGCGGCAGCAUGGAGGGCGCUGCCCGUCUCAACCGUGAGAAGUGCGACAUCGCAAUCAACUGGGCUGGUGGUCUUCACCACGCCAAGAAGAGCGAGGCUAGUGGUUUCUGCUAUGUCAACGACAUUGUUCUCGCAAUUCUCGAGCUGCUGCGCUUCAAGAAGCGCGUGCUCUACAUUGACAUUGACGUCCACCACGGCGAUGGUGUCGAGGAGGCUUUUUACACCACCGACCGCGUCAUGACGGUUUCUUUCCACAAGUACGGCGAGUACUUCCCCGGUACCGGCGAGCUCCGCGAUAUCGGCAUUGCCAAGGGCAAGUACUAUGCGGUCAACUUCCCGCUGCGGGAUGGAAUCGACGAUAAGGCGUACAAGACCAUCUUCCAGCCGGUCAUUGAGGCUGUCAUGAAGUACUACCAGCCCGAAGCCGUCGUUCUCCAGUGCGGCGGCGACAGCCUCUCGGGUGACCGACUCGGCUGCUUCAACCUCAGCAUGCGCGGCCACGCCAACUGCGUCAAUUACGUGCGCGGUUUCAACCUGCCGACCCUUGUCCUGGGCGGUGGCGGCUACACCAUGAGGAAUGUUGCCCGCACCUGGGCGUACGAGACCGGUCGCUUGGUCGGUGUUGAGAUGGACCCGGUCCUUCCGUAUAACGAGUAUUACGAGUAUUAUGGACCUGAUUACGAGCUGGAUGUGCGCGCCUCCAACAUGGAGAACGCCAACAGCUAUGAGUACCUUGAUAAGAUCAAGGUUGCGGUGAUUGAGAACUUGAAACAGACCGCUCAUGUUCCGUCCGUCCAAAUGCAGGACGUUCCGCGCCAGGGUCUCGGCAUGUCUGACGACCAAGACGAUGAAAUGGACGACGACGAUGAAGACGACAACAAGGACGUCCGCAUGACCCAGCGCCAGUGGGAGAAGCGCGUCGAGCGCCAGGAUGAGUUCGAGGACUCCGACGAUGAGGAAAUGGCUCGCGCGAAUGGCGUGUAUAGACCCAACGGGCGUUCGCGCCAGGAAACCGACUUCCGCAACAUUAAGGACGAUGACACCAUGGAGGUCGACAGUGGCGUCGCAACCCCCGGAGAGCCGCAUACCGCGGCCGAGAACGACGACACCAUGAUUGAUGAAGCCGUCUCCGAGAUUCUCGCCGAGGUCGAGGCUCAGGAGCGAGCUGAGGCUGAUCAGCGUGCCGCGGAUGCUGCCGAGCAGCUCGGACAGCUUGCGGAGAGCGACAAGGCCAACGUUGACGGCGACGGAGACGUCGCCAUGGAUGAGGCCGCCGUUGCCAACAUCAAAACGGAGGAGCCCGAGGGCAUGGCGGCCACCGAGGUAGCGCCCAACAACAAUGCCGACGACAAGGCCGGCAAUGAGGGUGAAACUACCACCACCAACCGCGCUUCGGGCUCUCCGGCGAUCGGUGGUGACGAGCCCAAGCCUGCCGAGGCAGCAGCUGCUGUCCAGACGUCUGAGAAAGACACGGCUAACGCCGAGAACUAGCCCGAGUCACUGACCGAGGCCUAGUUGGCGUGGAUUCUGAACUGAUUAGAAUUUAAUACGACCCAGCUGGCGAUUACAGCGAUGUGUUUCUGUACAAACAAAGAGGUCGUCAUGUGGUCCUUUUUUUGUAACGGCGUUCAGGAAUGGCAUGGACCGGAAUUGGGAAAGGGGCGGCAUUGGGUUGACAUUGGGCAUCGGUGUUGAUGGAGUGACCGUCUGGUUUUCUGAACCCUGGUACCGUGAUGCUUCGCUGAGACAGCAGCGCAUGGUUGUGUUAGCUGGCUCUGGUGGCUGGGCAUCUUGGAGUUGUAUGGGUUCCUGGUCGAUAAUCAUACUACUAUUAGGAACGAAGGACGGAUGUGGAUUCAGCAAGGUCGCAUCAUACCAUUAAUGAGAUGGUACUACUUCUUGAUGCA